AUGACGACAACGGUAUUGGAAACAUCUGCAAUUGAUCACAUUAUUGCAUCGGAAAAAUAUCGUCUUGAAACAUUUUCAAGUUUAUUAAAUUUUCCACUAAUAACACGUCGUCAAUUGGCUCUUGCUGGUUUUAUUUAUCGAGAACCGCAAUGUUUAUGUCCACAAUGUGGUGUCAGUAUUGAUCUGAAAUCUUUGAAUGAUAAUCAUACAUAUCCUUCGAAUUAUUUUCGAUUAUCACAUCGAAAGAAACUUUCUCAUCUUGGCAAACGUUGCGCGUUUCUACUAUGCGAAUCGGGCACAAAUAUUGAUGAUCUCCAUCCGCCAUUUUCUUAUCAAGUAGAAGAAACAAUGCAAUGGGACGAUGCUGAACAACCUGAGUUUCGUGAUUACGCUAAACGUAUGGAAACGUUCAAUGCAUGGCCUUAUUUACAGCGAGAAGAAAAAACAUUUGUCACGCCAUCAUCAAUGGCUAUACAUGGAUUUUAUUUUUCUGGUUCUAACGAUGGUGUUACUUGUUUCUAUUGUGGUAAUACAUUAGUGAAUUGGUCAGCAGCUAUUCGUGAUACGAAUGAGCAUAUUGUUCGACUUGAGCAUGCUCGAUUUUUUCCAUGUCGUUUUAUUACAUUUAAAGCCGGUGUAAAAUUCAUUGCUGAUGCUGGUUAUUUUCAUAUUGUUUCUGAUGAAGAACGACGUUCUCGUAAUCCCAUGACAUCAGAAACAAUCAUGAGUUCAAGUAAACCUCAAACUGUUGAUGAAUGUUUAUCCACAUUUGACAAAUGGCCUAGUGAUGCUCCAAUAUCAGCAAAAGAUUUAGCUCAAACUGGCUUCUAUUAUUUAGGUGAAGACUUACGAGUUAAAUGUUAUAUGUGUGAUCUUGAAGUCGAUGAUUGGGGUUACGGUAUGACCGCAUACGGUACACAUAAACGGCGAAAAGCUGACUGUGAAAUAAUCCAAGCAAUUGCUAGUUCUAUCACGGGUGAUUUUCAAUGUGUUAAUGAAAAGUGGCGUCUGCAAACACUUGAUGGUUUAUCACUUAAAACUGAUAAUGAUCAAUAUUUAUGGCGAGAGUUAGCUGCGUGCGGUUUUUAUCGUUAUAGAAAUACAAACAAUAUUCGUUGUGCAUAUUGUCCGGUUAUAAUUGAACCAAAAACAGAUUCAUCGAUUAUGUCUCAACAUCGAGCUUUAGCAAAACAAUUAAAACGAUUAUCACACAUUGAUUGUGUUAUUGUUCGAGCGCAAUGUCCGACGAAUGUUGCUAUUCCAGAUCGAGAGGCUUUUCCGGAAUAUCCCGGAUAUAAAUCGGUUUUUGAACGAAUUAAAACAUUUGAACCGUACAAAGCACGACAUACAGUUGCGGAUAAUUUUAUACGUGAAAGAGCUGAAGCUGGCUUUUUUCUUGAUACACCAAAGCUUAUGAGAUGUUUUCAAUGUGGAAAUUCACUAUCAAUCAUGCAGAAAAAAUAUCCUCAAUAUAAUAUUGAAAAGUUACAUGCACAUUUCUAUCCAACAUGUGAAUGGGUAAAAGAAAUAUUAGGUGCUAAAUAUGUCAGACAAGUUCUUCUUGAUCGCUCUAAACUAAAUGAGGCUGAAUAUCAACGAGUAUAUGCUGCUCAAUUAUCGGCAGCAUCACAUGGAACUUCUCUAAGUUCGUUUUCAUCUGUUACCACGACGUCAAGUAAUAGUGAGCAUACACCGCCAAUUGAUUUCAAUAUAUCUGAUUAUUCCGGUGAAUCUGAUAAUGAAGGUUACGAAACGGUUGCUACACCGUUUCGAGCACAUUAUAUGGAUCGUAUUCCAUCGGUACCGUCAACACCAAUAUCCCCCUUGACAACAUCGCCAGAGCCAUCACAAACAAUGGCAGCACAAUCUUGUGUCGACUCUAUGCACAAUGAUAUUCAUGGUCAGUUUACAUCGCCGAUUCUUGAGAAUCGAACAAAUCCAUUCAAACCACCAAGUCCAGAAUCUCAAUCAUCAGCGGUUUAUAUGACAAGCCCUGAUGCAUCGCCAGUUGAUCCUCGUGCAUCUUUAGCCUACGAAUCUAAUCGCUUAGAUUCAUUUAGAAGAUGUAAUCGCGAAAGUUUUGCUGGCAUUAGCGUCGAAGAACUUGCCUAUGCAGGAUUUUUUUUAAAUGCUGAAGGUAAUACUGUUAAAUGUCCAUGGUGUGCUGUCGAGUUAACCGAACACAGAGUUGAGAAUAUUCUAAAACUGCGACCUAUUCUUCCUGGUUCACCAUUAAAUGAUCAACCAUGGACGGCAAUGCGCGUGCAUAGACAUGAGAACGGCCAAUAUUUAGAUAGAAAUCAUUCAUGGUGUCUUUGGGUUCGACGUGAACUUGGUGGAUUGAAUCCUAAUAUUAUGCUGGCUACAAGUAAAAUGCGUUUUCCAGAAUAUCCAUCGUAUUCAAUAAUAGAAAAGCGUACUGAAUCGUUUCAAUCUGAUUGGAACUAUCCAGCCGGUAGUCAUCUAUCUAAUGUAUCAAUGGCUAAUGCUGGUUUUAUUAAUAUGGGUGACGGAAAAGUAAUUUGUUAUUAUUGUGGUAAUAGAAUGUGUGAUUUUGAACCACGAGAUUGUCCAUUUGAAGAACAUGCUGCAUUUAAUCCAUUAUGUGAUUAUAUAAUAGAAAAGCGUGGUGUAUCUUAUGUUGAACGAGUUGUGAAAGAAUGUCCACGAGAACAAUAUGCACGACAAAGAUACGAAAUUAAUGGUACACAAACAAUUAAAUAUGUUAUUUUUCCUAAAACAGGUCCAACAGCAAGUAAAAAUAUUCGUCCACCAGCAACCAGAAUAAAAUCACGAUUAUCAACGACGAAAAGUCAAACUGUGCCACGCUCAACAGCAAGUAGUUCAGACGGAACGGAAGAGAGUUGUCAAUUAUGCUGUGCCAAUGCAGCCGUCUACGAAUACGAUCCGUGUCAUCAUUGCCCAAUGUGUGGCGAAUGUUUUGCAAAACUAACUGAACAGCAGCAUGAAGAAUGCAUUGUUUGUCGUAGAUCAGCAACAAUAAACUCUCAUGUACCAAUAUAG